AUGUCUGCGACGCAGGCGCAGAAUGUCUUCGCGAUCGCCAGGCACGAGUCCAUAGACCGCGCGUAUCUCGAAAAAUUAACCCAGAGAUUGGCGAAGCUAGAAGAGUCAAGCAGUAAAGAAGCAACAUACUUUCCAACAAAGUAUUACGCCGCUAGCAGCGCAUCUUCGUCGCCUUCGGCCAACCUGACAAGUACUACUGAAUCGCUCAACGACAAACAGAAGCGAUAUCGAGCAUAUGAACCGCAUGAUACGGCUACCCUGCAGCCACCACCAAGUAAGCACCGCAAGUCUCAGACUGUGGCGCAACAAAAUGUUCACCAGGCACAUUCUCCUGGCUCAACACAUCAUGCCAGUGAGGCUAUAGAGUACAUUGAGCAUGAGCUCCAAUGCAACCCUGCUCUAUCCAAAGAUAGACGCACUGCACUUGAAUCAGCGCGCAAGUUUGUCAGUCAGCUGUCCAAUCCGACUCUAAAUUUUGAGGAGACUGCGACCAUGCCUGAUAUGGAUGUCCAAGAAAACCUGGAGCCCCCUACUCUUACACCGGAACUGCUUUUCAUGAUGCUACCUGGACCCGAUACUAAAACACACUGCCAGGGAACAAUCAACUGGCCUGAUCACAUCUCCGACAAAGUUCUAGAGCAAAUGGGGCUUGCAAUUAUCGAGGGCACAGAAUGUGAGCAAGUUCUCCAGCAUUACCGAAUCAACGUCUGGGUUAAGGCCAUGGGUUGUAUAUCAAAAAUGGCGCCUCUGAUUACGAGCGAGCCUUUGAGGAAUCAUUUCCGGUCACUCAGAAAGAGCUAUGAGGUCGCUGCCAUAGAUAUUUUGAAUCAGAUUCCGCUGGCAGCUGAACCUAGCCUGAUUUUGCUUCAAUCGGUUAUGUCUGCAUCCCGUUUGAUGCGGUAUUUAGGAAACAUGACACGCAGCUGGAUGUUGACAGCACUAGCCUCGAGGAUGAUUGUUUCCUUGAACUACCACAAUAUCACAGAUGCCAAUCCUCGAACUGAGAUAGAGGAAAGCAUUCAUGCCUGUGUCUACACAUGCUUUUACUUUGACAAAACCCUCAGCCUAUUACUUCUCCGACCACAGUCUCUACCGAGUCUAAAACUUAAACCAACCCAGUUGAUCCACAUCGAUCCCGAUCUGCCAACAUAUGCCAUGAUGACAGGCAUAGUGGAGUAUUCAGAGUUGAAGAGUACUGUACUGAACGUCUUGCUUGAAAGCAAGACAAUGGGAGACACGGAGAAGGCCAAUAUUCUGUCUGAUCUUGUGGCGCGGGCACACAUAAUCCACUCCAAUUCGCAAAUGACUCGGCGUCGCCAAGAACAGCAAUUCCCGCAAUCGUGGAGCCAUCUGCGGCGCGAGUGGCUAUCGAUGGACUUCAACUACUACUCUGUUCUCACAACAAUCAUCCAAGCCCGCUCCUCAGUACUCAAGUCCCGCUUGGUUUGCGAGAAUUGUCUAUACACUGCCCGGGAAGCCCUCACCACUCUCCGAGCUUUACAGGAAGCAUUCUCGACCCGCGCCAAUUCUAUCGACCCAUAUCCAUACUUUCUUACCUGGACAAUGCUGCUAUUCCCGCUAGCACCGUUUUUCGUCCUAUUUUGCAAUGUGAUCGCAACAUCAAAUGAGGAAGACUUCAAUAUGAUCAAAAACAUCACCGACGAACUACAUCAAUUCGCGGAGGCGAAUGCCUCGAUUGGCAGGCUGUGUAAGCUAUUCUCCAAAUUCCUAGACCUAUGUGCGCCUUUGGUGAAAGGAAAUCCCGAACAUUCCCGUUCAGAACAUCCAGCAGCUGCACUCUCUGAUACGGAAACGGCUGGAAACACCGAGGGCCAGAUGGCAUCCCACACAGAUAUAUUUGACCGUGCUGUCGAUGCCGAUCAGGCUUUGGUCAGUCUUAGGGGUGCAGAAUCCACUAGAGGAGAGCCCAAUGCACCACCGUCUGUGGAGGGAUGGGAUGACAGUCUUGUGUGGGAACUGUUCAAUAAUCAGCCCUCGUUAGGGUGGGCGGAGUCAGAACUAUGGAAUGUAAUGACGCAGUUUGAUGCAUAA